AGCCUCGUCCACGCUGCGUGGGGGCCGGCCUUGGCUGCAUCAAGCGGGUUGGCGGACGUUGUGUUUGCUGCAACUGUCUCAGGAAGGAACGCCAGCGUCGAUGGCAUCAAAGAGAUCGCCAGUCCAACCAUGGCCACAAUACCAGUGCGCACAACGGUUGACUAA